AUGGAAGAAGAUGGAGAUAAUGUCAUUGAAGUUGACAAUGUAGUCCCUAAAAUUGCAGACAACUAUGUCACACUUGAUUCUAAACAAACGUCAAUAAGUCCUACCGAACCCAUGCAAAAAGAUGGUGUAGAUGAUACAGUCCCAAACGUGGGAAUGUCGUUCAAAAAGGCGUCGGAGGGUUACUUUUUUGGGGU